AUGUACGGUACAGUGUAAUGCGAUUCGGACGGAAUCAGAAUAAAUACAGACCACUCGUGAUCACAUUUUCAGACCGACCAUUUUGUACGCAUUAUUCCGAUCGGUUUCUGGUCGGCCGACCGUCGAAAAGUUCCUGCUUUCACUUUCCUGUCUGUCUGCGGUCUCGGAGUUGAUAAGAAGGGUUUUGUUCGCCACCAAACAGUACAAUUCACUUUUCCCAUCCAAUAACUUUUCGUACUUUUAUUGUUGAAUUCAGGUUUCCCGUGAUGUCGGAGAUUUCUGAAGUUGUCCCGAAAAUCAUUGCAAAAGUAUUCUCAGAUGUUCCUGAACCUUUUAAGGAGGUUUGUUUUGAGAAUUUGAAAAGUUAUCAUUGUCAUUAAUUAAACCCUAUUCAGUUCAAUAUCAACAUCAAACUUCUGGAAAACUCCAGAAGUUUCUGGUCGGAAUGUUAUCAAGUGCUAGUGUCUGCCAACUCGGAAAAAUAUAAGGAGAAUGUCGUUUCGCCGCUUUUUGUUAAGGUUUGACAGAAAAUAACAUUUAAAAUAGACUGAACUGACUCAUAGAUCCCCCGAAUCUCUGCGAUCAACGCUGCCCUGGAUGCCGAGAACGCGGAGGAAAACAAUGAAAUUCUGCGGACUCUGACUGCGGUAACAGUCCCUUAUCGUUCCUUUUCAUUCCCUUUUUUUCCUUUCCAGCAAGAAGUGCAGUUCUACAAAGACUUUGCCCGUUUCGAAUUCGCUUCCUUCCCGCUUCCCCGCUUCUUCUACGGAGAAUCGCUCGAGAACGAAGAGAUGGCCGGCCUCGUGUGCCAGGAUUUCUCCGGAAUCGCCGGCUCCAUCGACUUCAUCCCAGGAUUCAGUGAGUCCCAAGUUCUGCAAUUGCUCGAUGCUCUCGCUGGAUUCCACUCAAAAACUGUCAAAAUCUCGGCCGAAGUGCCCUGGGAGCACUACAGUAAUGCAUUGUAUAGUCAAGAAUACAUUCGCAUGCUGGUGAGUGGAAUCGUGCGGAAUUAUGCCAACAGGUUCACAUUUCAGUACAACGACUCCCUUCAGUUCGAAGAAAUGUGUCCGAAUGAAUUGUCCGGAAGAAUUCAGGACGUGAAGCACAUUUUCGACGAGGACGGAGUUCGGAACUCAAAUGAGCUCAAUGAGCAAUUGGGCCUUCCGUUUGUGCUCUGUCACAAUGAUUUGAACGCCUCGAAUGUAUUGUGGAACAAGGAAACUGGACGAGUAAUUGAAAAAAUUAAAUGUACUUUUUGAAAUUAACAGCGUCAUUACAGAUCCAAGCCAUGAUCGACUUUCAGCACGUCGCGAAGGGCGCCGUUUCGUUCGAUAUCAUUCGAAUUCUCUGUUUGGGAUUGUCCGUCAAAAACAGACGAGAUAAUACUGUUAGGUCGGUGAACUACAGUACCCCUGAUGCUACCGUACCUUUUCUUCUUCAGAUUCCUCCAACACUAUUACGACAGCUUCAAAGCGCACAACUCCGACACCGUCCCCUUCUCUUUCAACCAGCUUCUCCUCUCCUAUUCGGCUCACUUCAACUUUGUGAAUGCGACGACGGUGUUCAGUUUGACGUAUUACUACAAAAUGUACACGGACACGAGUCUCGAUUUGAAAGAUGACGUGGCAACGAAGACGAAGAAAGCGGAAGAGAUUCUGAGCAGAGCGAUCGGAAUUCUGGAUGACGUGCGAUCGAUGGAGCGAGGAAUUUGA